AUGUGGCACUAUAAAAUUGUGCCAGCUUUUCAGAAAAUGGGACUUUUUGGACAAAAAUGGACAUCAAAUAUAAGACUUGAUGGUAAAACAGCAAUUAUAACUGGAUGUAAUACAGGAAUAGGAAAAUAUAAUGCAUUUGAUUUUUAUAAAAGAGGUUGCAGGGUUAUAAUGGCUUGCAGAGAUGUUGGAAAAGCAGAAAAGGCAAAAGAUGAUAUGGAAAAUGAAUUGAAAAAUGUUGAAAAUUUGGGUUCUUUGAUUGUGGAAAAAUUAGAUUUGGCUUCAUUUAAAUCAGUCAGAGAAUUUUCAAAUACAAUAUUGAAAAAAGAAAAAUCAAUUCAUUUUUUGAUUAACAAUGCAGGUGUUAUGGCUUGUCCAAAAUCUCUAUCAGAAGAUGGUUAUGAAAUGCAAUUUGCAACAAAUCAUUUGGGACAUUUUCUACUAACUCUUUUACUCUUGCCCAGAAUAAUAAAUUCAGCACCGGCUAGAAUCGUUAAUGUAUCAUCAGCGGCUUACAUGGCUGGAAAUAUGAUAUUGGAUGAUAUUAAUUUAGACAAUUCUUAUUCGCCUAUAAGUGCUUACGGUAGAAGCAAAUUAGCAAAUAUUUUAUUCACAAAAGAACUUGCUAGAAGAUUGGGUGAAAGAGAUGUUAAAGUCUAUGCAGUUCAUCCGGGAGUUGUCAAAACGGAUUUGGGACGUCACAUGGAUACAUUGGUAUUUUCGGGAUUUCAAAAAUGUUACAGGGUGUUAUUAGGUUUUUUUAUGAAAAACGUAGAAGAUGGAAGUCGAACUCAAAUCUAUUGUGCACUUGAUGAAAAAGCGGGACAAGAAACGGGAUUAUAUUAUAGUAAUUGUAAAGCUGUCACACCGUGGAGUAAAGCAUCGGAUAUGGAAAUGGCUAAAAAACUUUGGGAUGUUAGUUGGAACAUUGUGAAACUUGAAAAUUACGAUCCUUUUAAUGAAGAAAAACAAAAUGAUGAAUCACAAUCUUGA